UGUGAAUAAGAUGAAUUUACUCUGUACAUGAAUGUUUGUUUGAGUCUAUGUAAUCUAGGUUCUAUCUGAAGUUCUGGGUUUUUGUUUUUGAGGUGGAAAGAGCUUCAUUUCAGCAUUUUAUAGUGUGGGUUAUACAGUAUGUUUGGAUUGGAGGUUGUUGAGUUUAUAUGAGAUUGAUGUUGAGUUGAAUUCUUCAUCUUUUGUGUAUGUUAUCAUAUUUAUUAGCAGGUAGUUUGGAGGGUGGCUCCGUAACUGAAGACCUCAAUCUACUAGACACAUCAGCAAUAGUACACAUGGAGCCAAAUGCUACUAUCGAGGAGGGAAAGGGUUUAAGAAAUGACCCGGAAUUGGUGAGAUCUGUUGCUGACAAGCACUUUGAUCUUCUGAGGCCUUCAGCUCGAUAUUCACUGUUUAAAGGGCAAACGACAGAUGCUGCAGACCAUGAGAAAGGCAAGUAUACCCUUAUUAGAGACACUGAGGACUUCCAAGUAGGGGCUUUUGACAAGCCCCUUCCUUGCUUUGGUUGCGGGAUAGGAUGGUUUUGUUUUCUAUUAGGCUUUGUGUUCCCAUUAAUGUGGUACUAUGCUGCAUUUCUCUACUUUGGAAACUACUAUCGGAAGGAUCCAAGAGAGCGAGCUGGCCUUGCUGCUUCUGCAAUUACCGCAAUGGGAUGUUCAGUUAUAUUGUUGAUCGUAGCAUUGGUUCUUUUAAUGUAGCUGCUCUGUCAAACUCACUCUCCUCGUCACACCAUUGUCGUUCUGCGACCAUUCAGCAAGACGAGUUGAAUCGUAAGAGACAGUGAUGUGUGUUUGGAUAUAAGGAUUUUCAGCACAAGAAAGCAAAAGUAAAGAUGUCUGAAAUGUUUUUUGAUGACACGAAAUGUCGAUAAAAACCAAAAUUGCCUGUACACGUCUGUUGGGGCUGUGUGAAGAGAUGAACAGUACAUAAAUUAUUUCAUAUAGUAUGUAAUUUUGAAACUGUACAGAAGUUUUCUUCCAUAGCCUUGUCAACUCUAUACAAAUUGAAGCUUUAGUCAUGAAUAAAGUAAUCUAGUAUGUUUGUUAA